AUGGCCAGUUCAGCCCGAGAACACCUGCUUUUUGUGCGACGUCGCAACCCACAGCUACGGUAUACUCUGAGCCCAGAGAAUCUGCAGAGUUUGGCAUCUCAGGGCACCAUGGCUGAGAACAUGAACUUGCAGCGUGCCAACAGCGACACUGAUUUAGUGACCUCGGAUAGCAGGUCUAGUUUGACAGCCAGUAUGUACGAAUACACCUUGGGGCAAUCUCAGAACCUCAUAAUUUUCUGGGAUAUUAAGGAAGAAGUAGACCCAACUGACUGGAUAGGACUUUAUCACAUAGAUGAGAACUCUCCAGCCAAUUUCUGGGAUUCCAAGAAUCGGGGAGUGACUGGAACACAAAAAGGACAAAUUGUAUGGCGAAUUGAACCUGGCCCCUAUUUUAUGGAAUCUGAAAUAAAGAUCUGUUUUAAAUACUACCAUGGUGUUAGUGGAGCCCUCCGAGCUACUACUCCAUGUAUCACUGUGAAAAACCCUGCUGUGAUGAUGGGAGUAGAAGGCACGGAUGAAGGUACUUCUGGAGCCCAGCACUCUAGGAAAUUAGUCAGCUUUACCCUGUCAGAUAUUAGAGCAGUUGGACUUAAAAAAGGCAUGUUCUUCAACCCUGAUCCUUAUCUAAAGAUGUCCAUUCAGCCAGGCAAGAAGAGUACAUUUCCUACAUUUGCUCAUCAUGGCCAGGAAAGAAGGUCGACUAUCAUCAGUAACACAACUAAUCCUGUUUGGCACAGAGAGAAAUAUUCUUUUGUUGCACUUCUAACAGAUGUCCUGGAAAUUGAGGUUAAAGACAAAUUUGCCAAGAGUCGUCCAAUCAUCAAGCGCUUUCUUGGGAAGUUAACCAUACCAGUUCAGAGACUAUUGGAGAGACAUGCAAUUGGAGACCAGGUUCUCAGCUAUAAUCUUGGCAGAAGGCUCCCAGCUGAUCAUGUAAGUGGAUAUCUCCAAUUCAAAGUGGAAAUCACAUCUUCUGUUCAUGAAGAUGCUUCUCCAGAAACAGUUGGCACUUUGCUAGGAGUGCACUCUGUAAAUGGAGACUUGGGGAGCCCCUCCGAUGAUGAGGACAUGCCAGCAGGACAUCACGAUACAUCCACAGUGUGUUCCAAUGGUCCAGUCCUCGAGGAAUCUUCUGGAGAAGCAAUCCUGAGACACCCUUUAAGGACUAGUACAACUCUGGAAACGGACCAGGAUGAGUUGACCUCUGGUGGUUCAAGAUCAUCACCUACCAGAGGUCGCCAGGACUCACUAAAUGACUAUCUGGAUGCAAUAGAACACAAUAAUCAUACCAGACCUGGGACGUCUGCCUGUGGUGAGCGUCCACGUGGAGCCUCCCCAAAACUGAGGAGUAGCUUCCCUACUGACACAAGACUUAAUGCUAUGCUUCACAUUGACUCAGAUGAAGAGGAGCAUGAGCUACAUCAAGACCUGGGUUUUGCGUCUUCCUUGGAAGACGAUGGUGGUUUAGUAAUGCUUAAUGGUGCUACAAGAAGUGUUGAAAGAAAUGGUUUAAGUUACUCAUCAGAUCAGGUAAUGCAAGGCUCUGCAGAGAAUGAAAACAUUUCAGCCUCUGAAGCUCCUUUGCCAUCAGCUGAUGACCAGCAAGAGACCCUCCCAGAGCUUCCACCAUCACAGUUAGCAGGAGGUGAAAGCCUGCAAGGUUCUCAAAGUGAAGCACCAGCAGACCAGGCUGGCAGGGAGUCGUGUGCUGCUCAGGAGGCAGAGCAGCCUCCUAGCAGUGCGGACGCAGGAGCUGCCGCUGCUGGGAGUAGAAGGGGCGUUAGUGAAACGGAAUCCAUUGAUCAAGGGUCUGAACCUUCCCAGAUGUCAUCAGAAACCGAGCAGAGUGAUCCUGCUCGCACGGAAAGCGUCAGUGAGGCUAGUACCCGGCCAGAAGGGGAGAGUGAUGUGGAAGGGGCAGACAGCUCUUGCAACGAAAGCGUGACUGUGCGACGUUCGUCAGUUGAAAUGCGGUGUUCUUUUGAAAGUGCCAGAUUUCCUGAGACUCCAGCCUUUUCUUCUCAGGAGGAGGAAGAGGGAGCUUGUGCCACUGAUGCAGCUAGAAUUGAGCCAGGUGCUGAAACACAGGAGUCUGCAAGUACUUCUGGUUCUCUACCUGCAGUACAGUUACCUCAGGAGGAAGUACAGGAGGCUGAGGCAGGUGAAUUACAAGACCAAGAGGAAGCAGAAGAAAUCUGGCAAAGAAGAAGCCUGCAGGCAGCAGCUGCCAAUAGCCAGUCUCAGGAUGAAGAAACUGAAGGAGCGCAAGCAGCUUGUGAGGGUGCCACAGCACAGGUUGAAGGAGCUACUGGAGGUUCUCAAGCCAAUGGCCAUCAGCCCUUGAGGUCGCUGCCUUCAGUACGUCAGGAUGUUAGCCGCUACCAGAGAGUGGAUGAGGCUCUACCACCAAACUGGGAGGCUCGAAUUGACAGCCACGGACGGAUUUUUUAUGUGGACCAUGUGAACAGGACAACAACGUGGCAGCGACCCACAGCCCCCCCAGCCCCACAGAUUCUCCAGAGGUCAAACUCCAUACAGCAAAUGGAACAGCUGAAUCGCCGGUACCAGAGCAUCCGAAGAACAAUGACUAACGACAGGCCUGAAGAGCAUACAAAUGCCGUGGAUGGAGCUGGAGAGGAAACUGACUUUCACCAUUCUAAUGCAGAUUUUCGAAGAGAGAAUGUGCUGCCUCACUCUACCUCCAGAUCCAGACUUACUUUAUUGCUCCAGUCUCCCCCUGUGAAAUUCCUUAUCAGCCCAGAGUUCUUUACAGUGCUGCAUUCUAACCCUAGUGCCUACCGCAUGUUUACAAAUAACACGUGUUUGAAGCACAUGAUCACCAAAGUCCGGCGGGACACCCACCAUUUUGAGCGCUACCAGCAUAAUCGUGAUUUGGUGGGCUUCCUCAACAUGUUUGCUAACAAACAGCUGGAGCUGCCGAGAGGUUGGGAAAUGAAACAUGACCAUCAGGGCAAGGCUUUCUUUGUUGACCACAAUUCCCGCACUACCACUUUCAUUGACCCCCGGCUUCCCUUGCAGAGUAGCAGGCCCACUAGUGCAUUAGUCCAUCGGCAGCACUUAACUAGACAGCGCAGCCACAGUGCUGGUGAGGUCGGAGAGGACUCCCGUCAUUCAGGACCACCAGUUUUGCCAAGGCCGUCUAGCACAUUUAAUACAGUCAGAGCUCAGUACCAGGAUGUGGUUCCAGUGGCUUACAAUGACAAGAUUGUUGCAUUUUUGCGGCAGCCCAAUAUCUUUGAAAUUCUACAAGAGCGUCAACCAGAUCUUACCAGGAAUCACUCACUCAGGGAGAAGAUCCAGUUCAUCCGGACAGAGGGAACACCUGGGUUGGUGCGUUUAUCCAGCGAUGCAGACCUUGUCAUGUUACUCAGCUUGUUUGAGGAGGAGAUAAUGUCAUAUGUGCCGCCACAUGCCUUACUUCAUCCUAGUUACUGCCAGUCCCCAAGAGGCUCACCGGUGUCUUCGCCUCAGAACUCUCCAGGUACUCAGCGUGCCAAUGCCCGAGCUCCAGCUCCUUACAAAAGAGAUUUUGAAGCCAAGCUGAGGAACUUUUACAGGAAGUUGGAGACUAAAGGAUAUGGACAAGGCCCAGGGAAAUUGAAAUUAAUCAUCAGGAGAGAUCACUUGCUAGAAGAUGCCUUUAACCAGAUCAUGGGCUACUCAAGAAAAGACCUGCAGAGAAAUAAACUCUAUGUCACGUUUGUUGGGGAAGAAGGGUUGGACUACAGUGGACCUUCAAGAGAGUUUUUUUUCCUGGUGUCUAGAGAGCUCUUCAAUCCGUAUUAUGGUUUGUUUGAAUAUUCAGCGAACGAUACCUAUACAGUACAAAUAAGUCCCAUGUCUGCUUUUGUAGACAAUCACCAUGAGUGGUUCAGGUUUAGUGGUCGAAUUCUUGGUCUUGCUCUGAUACAUCAGUAUUUGCUAGAUGCCUUUUUUACACGACCCUUUUAUAAAGCCCUCCUCCGAAUACUCUGUGACCUGAGUGACCUGGAAUAUCUCGACGAGGAGUUUCACCAGAGUUUGCAGUGGAUGAAAGACAAUGAUAUACAUGAUAUUCUAGAUCUCACAUUUACUGUAAAUGAAGAAGUUUUUGGGCAGAUUACAGAAAGGGAACUAAAGCCAGGAGGUGCCAACAUCCCAGUCACUGAAAAGAACAAGAAAGAAUAUAUAGAAAGAAUGGUGAAAUGGAGAAUUGAGAGAGGAGUUGUACAACAAACAGAAAGUCUAGUUCGUGGUUUCUAUGAGGUGGUUGAUGCGAGGCUCGUGUCUGUAUUUGAUGCCAGAGAACUGGAACUGGUUAUAGCUGGAACAGCAGAAAUUGACUUGAGCGAUUGGAGAAAUAAUACAGAGUAUAGAGGAGGUUAUCAUGACAAUCACAUUGUAAUUCGGUGGUUCUGGGCUGCUGUGGAAAGGUUCAACAAUGAACAACGACUAAGACUUUUACAGUUUGUUACAGGCACGUCCAGCAUACCUUAUGAAGGAUUUGCCUCUUUACGGGGGAGCAAUGGUCCAAGAAGGUUCUGCGUAGAGAAGUGGGGGAAGAUCACUGCUCUUCCAAGGGCUCACACUUGUUUCAAUCGUCUGGACCUUCCCCCUUAUCCAUCAUUCUCUAUGUUAUAUGAAAAACUGUUGACAGCAGUUGAAGAGACAAGUACUUUUGGACUUGAGUGAUACACAAACCACAGUGCCCAGCUCAUUGGACUUUUGUGGAUCUGUCUUCUCAAGGAAUGAAUGAACAUUUGUAUUGGAUUUCCUAGAGGAAAAUUGUUUAACGGUGCAAUUCAAAUAAUGAGGUUCCAUGAAAGAGCUUAUGAAGCAAUUAAAAAGCAUUGUGGUAGUGGCAGAAUUCUCUACAGUGAAACUAGAGUGUGCCUGAUGUGCAGGGAAAACCAAGUCUUGCAAUCCAUGGUUUUUCAGGAUGGCCAAACUUCUUAAGUUUAUGUUCUGAGCAAACAAGAAACAUGAUCCCAUGUUGUGAUCAACCCGGCUACUGCAAAACUGACGUGUACCCGAAAACUGGAUUUUAUCAAAGUUGUUGAAUAGAAAAUUCAAGUCAAAAUGUGAAAUCAUUCAGCCCCUUACCUACCCAGUAAA